CGUCAGUGCUCUCCCGUCAAGCGGGACCCUUGAUACUCUUUAUAUCCUCGGUAUUUAAUGAUAUCAAUAUCAACAUGAGGUAUGAACAUAAAAAGUAGCCCAUAUGAACAUCAUACCAACCUCGUGCUAAAGUGCAAUUUAGUAAAAAAGACUAUUACAAUAAUUCACAACUAUGGCUAAAGGACUUGAGACAUCCGAAUCAAUUAAGCUACCGCCAGAGUUACGAUCGAAGCUUAUCGAUAUCGAAAAUCAGUUCAAUGUCUCAAGCGAGAAGCUCAAGCAGAUUUACCCGACAAUUCGAAAAAGGGUCUUGAAAAAGAAGGAUCUAAUAUUGCUAUGAACAUAACAUGGGUUCUUGGACUUCCCUCCGGUGAUGAAAUUGGCGAAUACGUAACAAUAGAUCUUGGCGGCGGUACUAAUUUACGCGUGUGUCGAGUUGGGUUGAAAGGACAAGGCGAGGAAAUUGAUAUCAAGCAACACGUAUAUCGUCUUCCCCCAGCAAUAAAGACGGGAGGCGCUCGACAACUAUGGAACUUCAUUGCAGAUUCCCUAGACGAGUUCAUCAAAUCGCAUCAAAUUAUAGCGAAUCGCGAUGAUCGGUGCGUACUUAUUAUUAUUUAUUACUACGCAAUUAGCUAAGUACGUCAAUAAACUACCUUUGGGGUUUUGUUUCUCUUACCCGGCUUCUCAGAAUGCUAUCGACCAUGGCAUUUUGAAGACGUGGACCAAAGGAUUUGAUAUCGACGGUGUCGAGGGCGAAGACGCCGCGGCACAACUAAAAGAUGUCUUGGCUGGGCGGGAUUUACCUUUAGAGCUUGUUGCUCUUGUGAAUGAUACAACUGGAGCUAUGGUAGCCUCAGCUUACAAGGAUGCGGAUACGAUCAUCGGCGCAAUAUUUGGCACGGGUUGCAAUGCGGCAUAUGUGGAAAAUGUCGGCUCAAUACCGAAAUUGAAGACAACCCUGCCAUCCGAUACUCCUAUGGCAAUAAAUUGUGAAUAUGGCGCGUUCGAUAACGCUGAUCGCGUAUUGCCGCGAACGAAGUAUGACAUAUCUAUCGACAAAGAUUCACCACGGCCAGGCGAACAGGCGUUCGAGAAGAUGAGCGCGGGUCUGUACCUCGGCGAGAUCGUUCGACUAAUUGCACUCGAUCUUUAUGAAAGUUGUCUCCUAUUCGCAGGGCAAGAUGCCGCAAAAUUGAGAGAACCUUAUAAAUUAGACGCUGGCUUCUUAUCGGGUCUUGAGAAUGACCCUCUAGAGACAUCUCAGCCUCGACUAGAAGAAUGUUUAAAUAUAAAAGUCACACUAGAUGAGACAAGGGUAGCUCGUCGCUUGGCAGAAGUCAUCGCGACUAAGGGCGCGAGGCUCUGCUCCUGCGGCGUUGCAGCGAUAUGCCGAAUGAAGGGUGUUACGUCAGGUCAUGUCGCAGCGGAUGGCACUGUUGCAAACAAGCAUCCGGCAUUCAAGCAACGGUGGGCCGAGGCGCUUGGUGAGAUUCUCGAUUGGCCCGAAGAUAGGCAAGAAGAUCCUAUCAUCAUCACAAGUGCGGAAGAUGGUAGCGGUAUUGGUGCAGCAGUCAUCUCGGCCAUGACGCUGUACCGAAUCCACGGAGGUAACACGGUUGGAAUACAAGGAUGAUAAUUUGGAAUGCUUAUAGAGGGACCGCGUUUAUGCGUAUCAAUAUUUGGAGUUCUUGGGUGAUGGUGUUAUCACGCGAUUCGAGUGGGAAGAAGGUGAUUUCAAAUUUAUCGGUUUUUAGACUUAUAUAGAACGUUUAACUCCGAUGCUCCCUCUGCUAUGUUAUCGGGCACCUACCUAGGUAGGUACCAGAUACCAACAUAAAGUAUAUAGUAAGCCAAU